UCCUGGACGCCUGGCCGGAAUGUCCUACUUCCUGUGACCUUGGGGGCUUUAACAGGACAGGGUCCAGAGCCCUGAGUCUCUUCCAGUGUUUUCCCUGAAUCGCUCCUCCCUUGUCGCUUCUACCCCGCCCUCGACUGUCCUAAGCUGCUUCCUGGGCCGGGACUGAUUGGCUUUUUCCUGCCCCAGUUGGAGGAGGAGGGUGUCGCAGCCCUGGUCGCCUUCGGCGGACAUGGAGCCCAGAAGGGCGGUGCCUGGGGCGCAUGGCUGGGGGCCUCGGGUGGCCGCGGGAUCGGGGACGGCCGCGGAGCUAGUGUACCACCUAGCGGGGGCCCUGGGCGCUGAGCUGCAGGAGCUGGCGCGCCGCUUCGGGCCGGAGGCGGCGGCCGGGCUCGUGCCGCUGGUGGUGCAGGCGCUGGAGCUCCUGGAAAAGGCGGCCGUGGGGCCCGCCCCAGACUCGCUGCAGGUAUCCGCGCAGCAGGCAGAACUCGAGCUGCGGAGGCUACGAGAGGAUAACGAGCGCCUCCGCAGAGAGCUGCGCUCUAGACCACAGGAGGAGCACGCUCUGCUGCGGCAGCUCAAAGAGGUGACCGACCGCCAGAGGGACGAACUCCGGGCGUACAACCGCGACCUGCUGCAGCGAAGCCAGGAGACCGAGGCGUUGCAGGAGCAGCUGCAGCGCCUCCUGCUGGUGAAUGCGGAGUUGCGGCAGAAGUUGGCCGCGGUACAAACCCAGCUGCGCGCCGCGCGGGACCGCGAGAGCCAGCGAGAGCAGCGGCGCGAAGCGGCCGUGGAGCCGCCUCCGGAGCCGGUGCAGGGCCAGGCCGCAGGGCCCGGGUGCAAGCAGAGGCGGGAGUCCGAGGGGGCAGCCGCGGGCACAAGAGCCCCGGGGACCCCUGAGGACCCGGCAGAUGCCCCGCCGCCGCCAGGGCUCCCAACCAAGGCAGGGCAGUGCGGCUUCAGUCGAGAGGAGGUUCAGCAGAUCCUUCAGGAGCGGAAUGAGCUCAAAGCCAACGUGUUCCUGCUGAAGGAGGAGCUGGCCUAUUUCCAGCGGGAGCUGCUCACAGACCACCGGGUCCCUGGGCUUCUGCUUGAAGCCAUGAAGGUAGCUGUCAAGAAGCAGCGGAAGAAGAUCAAGGCCAAAAUGUUAGGGACUCCAGAAGAAGCUGAGAGCAGUGACGAUGAGGAUGGCUCAUGGCUCCUGCUCUCCAGCGAUAAGGGAGACCAUUCUGAACCCCCAGCCCCUGAGUCCAGAAUACGGAGUUUCUUUGGCCAGUGGUAUCGGGGUGAAGCAGAGGCCCCCGGGACUGAGACCAGCAGUGUGGCUCCCAGCCAGCUACAGGGAGGAGAGGAGACCCCGCAGCCACCCCUCCUGGAGCCAGUGGGCAGCCUGACAGCCCCCGACUCCUGACGGGUCCUGCUGUGCUCUCAGUGAACAUCUUUGUCUGGGGUCUCAGCUGCCCCAGAGGCCUGACUCUGCAAUCUGUCUGUGGUUGGAUGUGUGACCUCAAAUGAGGACUGGGCUUCCUCCUUCCCUGCCCUUCCCAGGCUCUUCUCUAAUCCUGGUCCGAGCCGGGGUCUGAUGGGAGCUCAGCCUACUUUCCUUCCUAUCAGUUCAGUUCAGCUGCUCAGUGGUGUCUGACUCUUUGCGACCCCCUGGACUACAGCACACCAGGCCUCCC